CCUCGCGAAAGCAACCAAAUCGCCAAACCCUCGAUCGUAACAAGUCGCAACCUCACACAUACCAAUACACAACCGCGACUCUACGCAAUGGACUUUCAGAACCGCGCAGGCUCCAAGUUUGGCGGCGGCGGCGUCGCGUCUCAGUCGGCCACCAACGCGGACCGUCGCGAGCGUCUUCGCAAGCUCGCCCUCGAGACCAUCGACCUUGACAAGGACCCUUACUUCUUCAAGAACCACGUCGGCUCCUUUGAGUGCCGUCUCUGUCUCACGGUUCACCAGAAUGACGGUUCCUACCUCGCGCAUACCCAGGGCAAGAAGCAUCAGACCAACCUCGCCCGCCGUGCCGCCCGCGAGCAAAAGGAGGGCCGCCAGGGCGCCGUCGACCCUGCCACAGGGCUUCCCGUCGGCGUUACAGGAGCUGGCUUCGCACAGCGCCGCAACGUUGUCAAGAUCGGCCGCCCUGGAUACAAGAUCACCAAGAUCCGAGACCCUGUCACGCGCCAGCAGGGCCUGCUCUUCCAGCUACAAUACCCAGACGCCACCCCCGAGACCACACCCAAGUGGCAGGUCAUGAACGCCUUCACACAGCACAUCGAGGAGCCCGACAAGAACUUCCAGUACCUGCUCGUCGCCGCUGAGCCCUACGAGACGGUCGGCUUCAAGAUCCCGGCCCGCGAGCUGGACAAGCGCGAGGACCGACAAUUCUGCUUCUGGGAUCCUGACGCCAAGGAGUAUUGGAUCCAGGUCAUGUUUAUGACGGAGCGUGAGGAGCGCUUCAACGCAGCACCUGGUCUGACAGCGCGGAGAUGAAUACGGAUGUGAUCGCAGUUUCUUUUGGGCGGGAGUCAUUAAAAGGUUAUACGGUUUAGGAUAUGGCGUUGAAGGAUAGUUAUUUGGCGCAUGACGGCGCAGAGAUUGGCUGUCCGCCAUGUCAAGGCGCUACACGAGCUCCAUCGUCCACAGUUGCUGUUACGGUUGAUACGAGCUGAAGCUCAAGCUCGGGCUCUCCAUGUACAAGAUUGUAGUAGAAUGCAAAUAGUACAAUAUCAAGGCUCACGGCAUGACUACAUGUUGUCAUGUAUCCAUCAUU